AUGUCAGAUACAAACCUAUUAAAAAGUGAACUAGAAGAAAUCUGUCGUGGCCUAGGUAUUCCCACGGAAGGAACUAAGGCAGACCUUAUACAAAAGAUAAAGGAUUUUUUGAGUGAAGGAAAUCGUGAAAUACCUGAAAAAUCAGACAAUGCGAAAAGGUUAAAUUAUGACAAAGAACUGGCGCAAAGGUCUAGAGAAAAAGCAAAAGUUCCACAAUCAAAAACCACCACUCCAAACAUAGAAGAACAGGGCCCAAAUAUAAUGGAGAAAACAUGUAAAACCUCAAAAAACUUAAGAAAACGCCAUUUCCAGAAAAACUGUAAGGGUGAAAGUUCAGAAACCCUAGAACGCAAAAUGAUGUUAGAAUUUAAAAAAUUGGAAAAUGCAGUUCUGGGUUUUAAUGAUAGAUUAAAUUCAGUGUCUGCUCAAAUACAAGAUACCCACCAGAGAGUAGAAAUAAAUGAAGCUUGGCCAGAUCACAAAUUUGAGAGAUCUCGUGACCAACAUGAAUACGAUAUACUGCGGCAAGUAGGACGAGAACUCGAUCUGGCAAUGGAAUUAAAAAAUGUUCAGAAUGCCAUAAAUCAUAUAGAGGAUUCCUGGGAAAAAAUUGCAAAUAGAAUGUUCACAUUACUGGAUAUAAUUACCAAAAAACUUACAAAAAUACAAAUUCAAACUCCAACAAGUUUUUUUGUCCCUACAAUCAGCCUCAAAACCAUUUCCAAUCCUCCCAAGGUAAAUGCUACAUCUGUGGAGGUAUUAGCUAUUUCACAAAUACCUAUCACUCCGAUCCAAAUGGAAAUAACUUUACCUUCUGAUCGAGAGAAAGAUUCAAGCCUCAAGCCUUAUUAUAAGUUGGCUCAAAAAUCGAAUCUCACUAUUUCCACAAGGUCUACUACAUCUAGUAAAAAGCCCGGAUCCAUCUCAAUAUCCAUUGACGAUAUAUGGUUAGAUUUGGAAAUAAAAAGACUAUUAAAAACAAAAGCAAUUGCUUUAGUAGCUCAGAGGAAAUGCAAUCCAAGAACCAUAGAAGAACCCACAUUGGACAUUUCAGGCAGUAAAACUCCAUUUUUGAAUAAACUAUUAGCAAGGGCAUAUGAAUAUAUUUUACCAAACACAGCAUAUGAAAAAUGGCUUCAAAAUUUAUGGGAUGAAUAUCCUGUCAAGAUCCAUGAAACCACGAAUGUACUUACUUGCAAUUAG